CUGUGCGACGGAAGAGGUUCUGUUGAGGGUAAAGAUGGCGAACAGGACAGUAAAGGAUGCAAAUAGCAUUCAUGGAACAAACCCGCAGUAUCUGGUGGAGAAAAUCAUCCGUACUCGCAUCUAUGAGUCGAAGUACUGGAAGGAGGAAUGCUUCGGGUUGACGGCUGAGCUGGUAGUGGAUAAAGCUAUGGAGCUCAAGUUUGUGGGCGGUGUUUUCGGAGGAAACAUUAAGCCAACGCCUUUCCUCUGCUUGGCCCUGAAGAUGCUCCAGAUCCAGCCAGAGAAGGACAUCAUCGUGGAGUUCAUAAAGAACGAGGAUUUCAAGUAUGUCCGCUUGCUCGGAGCCAUGUACAUGAGACUGACCGGCUCAUCAGUGGAUUGUUACAAGUACCUGGAGCCUCUGUACAAUGACUACAGGAAAAUCAAGAGCCAGAACCGGAACGGAGAGUUUGAAUUGAUGCAUGUGGAUGAGUUCAUUGAUGAAUUGCUGCACAGCGAGCGAAUGUGUGACAUCAUUCUACCCAGGCUACAGAAGCGGCAGGUUCUGGAGGAGGCAGAGCUGUUGGAUACACGGGUCAGUGCUCUGGAAGAAGAUCUAGAUGAGGUGGAGACCAGCGAGGAGGAGGAGGAGGAGGAAAAGCCCGAGAGAGGGCAGUCUCAGGAGCCACACCGCAGGAGUUACCGGGACACGGAGCGGUCACGCAGGUCUCCCUCGCCGCGCUACAGACGCAGCCGCUCCCCUCGACGGCGUAGCAGGUCACCUAAGAGACGCAGCCCUUCACCCCGUCGAGACAGACACCGCAGCAAGAGCCCUCGGCGCCACCGCAGCAGGUCCAGAGAGAGGCGGCACCGGUCCAAGUCACCAGGACACCACAGAAGCCACCGACACAGAAGCCACUCCAAGUCUCCAGAAAGAUCAAAGAAGAGUCACAAAAAGAGUCGCAGAGGAAACGAAUGAGGAUUUCACACAACUGGAUUUCUGGACUCUGACCUAUUUUGUACCUACUGGACCUUUUGUUGAAAGUUAUUCCAGGAUUCUCUGUAUGGGGUUCUGCUGCUUUUCUUUGUAAUUUUAUUCCAGAUUUGACCAAUUAUCAAACUGAUGGCUUCAUGUUUUUAAAGUCAGUUAUUUUUACCUUAACGAAUCUGAUUUCCUCUUUAAUUUACUUGCACAUAACAUCACUUAAUUUUCGGAAGUCACUUUC